AUGGAUCAAACAGAACAAGAACUUGGCAUCAAAGUCUACAAUGCAACUCCACCACGACAAGAUGAGAUUAUUCACCCCUCCGACCCACCGUCGUCGGCGCCUCCACCGGAGCCCGGCCGGAAGCGGCGUGCCAUGGCAAAGGGUGUCCAAAAAACCCUCUCCAAAACUUCAUUGCUUGGAAACUUCCUCCCCACAGGAACACUCCUCACAUUCGAGAUGGUUCUUCCUUCCAUCUACAAAAAUGGACAAUGCACUCACGUUCACACCAUGAUGAUCCACUUCCUUUUAGCGUUAUGUUCACUCUCUUGCUUCUUCUUUCACUUCACAGAUAGUUUUCAUGGUGCAGAUGGGAAAGUGUACUAUGGCUUUGUGACACCAAAAGGGUUGUCCGUGUUCAAACCAGGACUUCACGUGGAAGUUCCAAAGGACGAGAAGUUUAAGGUUGGGUUCCAAGACUUGGUGCAUGCAAUCAUGUCAGUGAUGGUUUUUGUGGCCAUUGCUUUCUCGGAUCAUAGGGUUACGCAUUGUUUGUUUCCUGGGCAUGAGAAGGAGAUGGAUCAGGUCAUGGAGAGUUUCCCUUUGAUGGUUGGAAUCGUUUGUAGCGGUUUGUUUCUUGUGUUUCCUACUUCAAGGCGUGGAAUUGGGUGCAUGUCUGCAUAA